AUGAAAAUAUCCACCCAAAUAAAGGGAAACAGAAGCAGAGAGCUUUCUAUAUCUGCCCUUCUUCUUUUUCACCUCCAUUUUCAUUUUUCCCCAUCCUUCUCUCUGUGUGUGUAAAACACUGUAACCACCAAAAGCCAUGUUUGAGGAAUCUGUGUCAAUUUGGGCUUCCAUGAACAGCUGGUUCACUCCAACUGUUUUCUUUGUGCUCCUCAAUGUCAUGAUAGGCACCAUUGCCAUUGCUUCAAACUUAGGCACCAACCAGAAACACCAAGACCCACAAAACCAGCAGCAAGGCCUUGCUAGAUCUCCAUCUGUGCUGCAGAGGAUCAAAUCCAUCAACCUCUACCACUAUAGAUCCCCAGAGCCACACACCACCACCUUUGAGAAAAACCCAGAAACUACUGAGAGCACCAAUUAUGCUUUUAGGCACACCCAGGAACCUGAGCAACCCCAAUUCACCAGAUCCCCUUCUUUUCUACAGAGGCUCAAGUCCAUCAACUUCUACAUUCCACAAGAUUUCUCCACCAACCCAUCACAGCCCUCCACCAACCCGUCACAACCCAUCACCACCACAACCACUCUGCACAAAACUCAGGAGCCAGAAUCCCAUUCUGAACAUGACCAGUUCCAAGAUGAAGACCAUUUUGAAGGCCAUGAACACCCAGAAAGCCCAGAACCAGAAUCAGAAGAAGAGCAGAGCCUGGAUGAGAUUUACAGUCAGCUGAAGCCUCUACAGGACCAUCAUGUGAGCAGGACGAAGUCAGACACCAAACCAGCAUCCGGAGAAGUACCCACUAAGCUUCCAAAGAAGAUGAAGAAGUCUGCGAGUUCCAAGUCUGUAUUUGGUCAUUUUAAAGAAGAUGAUAUUGUGGAGAUUCGCCGGCCAGCGACUGUGAGGGAGAGGAAAGCUAAAGUGACAGAGGAUGAGGAGGUGGACGCCAAGGCGGAUGAUUUCAUCAACAAGUUCAAGAACCAGCUGAAGCUGCAAAGGUUGGAUUCCAUCAUAAGGUACAAGGACAUGCUCAAUAGAGGGACAUAAGUGAAGGAAAUUCAAUUAUUUUUCUAUGGUGGGUUUUUAACUUGAUGUUAGUUUGGGUUGGAUUGAUGAAGAUUAGGGUUUACUGGAUGGUAAUGUGGAUCUACUCACUACUGCUUUGUGUUUGUUGAACUAUUUGUCCAAAUAUUGCCCUUUAUUUAUGUCUUCUAGUUCAAUCAUGUGUUUAGCAAAGCAAUAGCUUAUCAGAGCAGGGCAGCCUCUCAUUUUCUGUGAUUUGAGGGGUAUAUUGGUAAAUGGGUCAUGCCUGAGGAAUUAAAACCCAUUUGCAGCAGGCGUAGA